AUGCUUCCACAGACGCAGAGAUACCGGAAACUCGAGAUACGUCUGAUGACUUCUCAGGAGACGACUUUCCGACACGCCAAAAACGAUUUUAUUUUUCUUAGCGAAAAGGAAAAAAACGUCAACGAAAAACUAUGCAAUUCGAUGACUUACUACGGACCACUGGAGAUUCUGGAUAAUGUAUACACUUUACAAAAGUUUCCUUGCCAGUAUGGAUGGGAGUAUCCAGGGAGAAGAAAAACAAUUGUUUCUGAGUAUGACUUGGUCUGUGAUAAAACAUGGCUGGUGGCUGCAGCACAAGCAGUAUUUUUUCUUGGUCAACUAUUUGGAGCAGUUCUUUUCAGUCAGAUUUUUGCUGACAAAUUCGGUCGCCGUUUUAGCUUUCUGCUCUCAGUAAACAUCAUGGUUGCAAGUGGCUGUGCUACAGUUUUUGCUGUGAAUUUGUCUAUCUUUAUGUUACUUUAUUUUAUACAAGGAUUUGGGCAAAUCAGCUCAUUUCUAUGCAUCUUUAGGCUAUUCAUGGAAUUGAUUGGGCCAACUGCACGAACCAAAGUUGGUUUUGUUGUAUACACAUCAUUUGGUUUAGGUUUUUUUGCUUUAUCUGUGAUGGCCUACCUUAUAGAGGACUGGCAACAUCUUGAGCUUGCACUAUCUAUUCCUUGGGUUAUAUAUGCUGCAUAUUGGUGGUUAAUUCCUGAAUCACCAAAAUUCUUUUUGAUGCAAAGAAGAUUUUAUGAUGCUGAGAAAGUAAUACUGAAGAUUGCCUAUGGAAAUAAUAUGAAACCUCCUCCUCACUUGUAUACAAAGCUGGAAGAAAUUGCAAAUGAAGAUGCAAAACCCAAAUCUUAUGCUAUGUAUGAUCUUCUGCGAACAUGGAGAUUUUCAAAACAUUAUUUGAAUAUUUGGUUAAAUCUAUUUGUAAACAGUCUGAUAUAUUAUGGAUUGGUCCUAUAUUCAGUGGAUCUUGGAGAAAAUCCAUUUAUUAAUGUCAUUUUAUUUGGACUGAUUGAAAUUCCUGCUUAUCUCAGUUGUUUUUAUCUAUCAUCACACCUUCGACCUUUCUCAUUCUGUAUGAUAACUGGAGGAGUUGCAUGUAUUAUAGGAAGUCUUCUUUCUCAAUCUGUUUCAUGGUUUUCUGUUUCACUUUUCAUCAUUGCAAAACUUGUAAUAGCAGCAUCACAUGGAAUAAUAAAUUUAAUUUGUAUUGAAUUCUUCCCACCUGUUGUACAUUCUGUUGCAUUGGCAUGUUGCACAAUUGCUACAAGGCUUGGAGGAAUCUUUAUACCAUUCAUCCUCCAUAUACGACAUUCUGCAGAGCCCAUUCCACUGCUUUUUCUUGGAUUUGCUGGAGUUAUUUGUGGAGGAUUAGCUUUCCAUCUACCAGAAAAUGGAGAGAUGCCAAUGCCCAAAUCAUUGUCAUUGGAAUAUUCCAGUACUUUUGAAAGAACUUCAGAAAGAGAUUUUGAGGAAGACUAUGCAUUUUCAGGCACUCCUGCAUAUAUAUCAAGGCCUGAUAUCCUCUAUUGA